CUCGUCCACUCUAUCUGCAUCGGAUGUGAGCUGAUGACACCAAUCUGAGUCGAAGCUUCACCCCACCUGCGUUUUGCUUCUCCAUUUUAUUUUUCGUUGCGCAAGCUUCUGUCUCCUCCAUCACAACUUCCUUUGACUGCUAUCAUUACCAUGUCUGCGGUUCCCGCGCCCAAGGUUGCCCCGCCACAGGGUAUGCGCAAAAAUGGUAUGGUCGCAAAAUUUGACCUCUUCACCAGCUUCUCUUAACACCCUACAGGAAAGCAAUGGCAUGAACCCAAGACCGCAUUCCGGCCGAAAGCUGGGAAUUCCACAUAUGAAAAGCGACAGGCAGAGAGGGUUGCUAUGGCUGCAGUCAAGGCAAAGGAAAAGGAAAUGAAGGAGGAGAAGGAGGCCGAGAGACUGGUAUGUUAUGAUACCUGAUUGCUUCUGGGUUGCGCUAUGCAUCACAGCUAUACAUCACCCCACGGCGCCAUGCAUUCUGCUCUAGUUAUCAAGCUGAUUUUUAUUGCAGAGACGGACAGCAGCCUUAAAGGAAAAGCGACUUGCAAAAGAAGAAAAGGCACGAUACGAGAAAUUAGCAGAGACGAUGCACAAGAAGCGAGUCGAGCGACUAAAGAGAAAGGAAAAGCGAAACAAAAUGUUGAAAUCAUGACACCUGAUUGCGAUAUAUCAAAGCAUUGCAUUACAUUGUUGGCGUUGGGCACCUACGGGGAAAUUGGCGUUGAGA